AAACCCAACAUACGAGAAAAGAGGAACGUGUUCUAGUGCUUCUAAACCAAACAACAUUCAUAUUAUCUUUGGAUCAGAGUCAGUCUGGAUUUUCACUUUCUUUGUCUUGCAAUUUGAAUUUCUGCGAGGAAUCUACUCAAUUUCUUUUCUUCAUCACCAAAACAGAGGCUUCUCCAAAGUCCAAACACCCACGGAGAGAAAGGAAAAAGCUUUCUUUUCUUAGCUUGAAGAUAUACGAUCCCCUUCUUGAGAACCAGUUAAGGAGAGGAAGUUUCUGGAUUGAAUUGUUGAAUUUUCAUCGGACAUAUUGAUUUGAUUGUUGAGUGCUGUGAAUUGGAUAUGGGGGAUCAUUUUGUAUUACUAGUGGGUCGAUUGAUAACUGAAUCGACAUUGGCAGCUGCAAUUGAGAGCAGGAACCAGGCUUUGCUGGCCACCACGUCAGCAUUUGGUGACACAAAACCUGUCAACUUUUCCCCAAAGGUGGAUUUUGAAGAUGUAUCUACUCCAAGAAAGAUUGUGGAAUGCAGGAUAUGCCAGGACGAGGAUGUUGAUUCCAACAUGGAGACGCCUUGCUCUUGCUGUGGUAGCUUGAAGUAUGCUCAUCGCAGCUGUGUCCAGAGAUGGUGCAAUGAGAAGGGUGACACUAUCUGUGAGAUAUGCCAUCAGCAAUUCAAGCCAGGAUACACAGCACCCCCUCCCUUGUUUCAAAUUCCAGUGAACUACAGGGGUAAUUGGGAAAUCUCCAGAAGGGGGUUAAAUAAUCCUCGUUUUAUAGCAAUGGUUUCAACUGAUGGCGAUGUCAAUGAUGCUAGCUAUGAUGAUUACUCAGUUUCAACCACUCGAAGGAUAAUCUGCUACCGCAUAGUUGCUCUAAUUUUCAUGGUCCUGCUGGUGUUGCGACAUACUCUUCCUUUAGUUCUUAGCGGAACAUACGAAUACUCUUUUCCAUUGUUUAUGUUGUUAUUUCUCAGAACUUUUGGGAUUAUCCUGCCAAUCUAUGUCGUGGUUAGAGCAGUAACUGCGUUUCGGUGGCAGUGCCACCGUGUCCAACAGGUGACUUCGGAUGAAGAGACUGAACAAACUACUUCACAACCUCAACCUCAAUCUCAACCUCAAACUCAGCCUCCUGUAAUUAAUGUCGACGUCUGCUGAGGUUUAUCUCCAAAUAAGAUAUUGAUCCUGCUUCUGAUCAGGAAGAGUGGGCUCAUCUUUGUAUAUGUCUCCUCUCACAUGUUUCUAUGCUAGCCAUCAACAUACGCUCACAACUACAGCGGUUGGAGAAGCGAUUAUUAUUAUUAGCUUUGCAUUUUUCUCCUACAAAAUCAAGAAUGCCACACUUGAGAUCAAAACAAUUUAUCUUAUAUGUGCUUGUUGUUUUGCAUAAACUCCUAAAAUGUUGUACAGUGCGAAAAGAAACACUGUAAAUACAUAGAAAUAUAUUCAGAAAAUGCAUUCAAGGAAAAAAAAAAAAGGUUACUGUAUUCCAUGCAUGAUUGCCAUUUAUUUGCAGUGUUCAACUGAUGUAUUUUCAAUUUCAUGACCUUGUCUUCCUAAUGGAU